GCUGAAGAGUGUGUCGAUGCUCACGCGCGCAUGCAAGACAGCGACGAAAAACAACCAAAAAGAAUUGUUUGAAUCGCAGCUCCUUCUACACACACACACACAGAUACACAGAUGCCUUGCACCUUGCCCAACGCAUUAAACAAAUAGACACCUGUCAAGGUGCUGCAGUACUUCUCGUACCUCGCUUCUUCUUCUUUGAUUUUUUUCUUGUUUGUUUGUUUCCCUUCUCCUUCCGUGGCUGCCAUAGGCUUUCUUCUCCCUAUCCUUUCGCCUCACUGACGCACUCACACCCCCGCCUCUUUCUUUUCUUUUUGUUUUCGAUGAUGAUGAUCACUAUUAUUCAGCCACAGCCGUCUUACUGAAGUAAUUCCUAUCUUGUUGCUCCCCCUCCCUCUUUUUCUUUCGUGUAUGUGCUGCGACGAUAACGCGGAGGUGAUGAAUUGUCGUUGAGUGGGAGACGCAAAGCAGCCGAACCGAUCCAAACUGACCCGACAGGAAGCGCCGAAGACUCCUUUUCGGUUUUUGCCCGCUUUUUGCACGGUGCCUUCUCGCUUUGCUUUCAUUGUUUUCUUAUAUAUAUAUGUAUAUAUAUAUAUCUAUGUGUGUGUAUUGACAAGCGUCGUUAUCAGCAGACAAACUUUCACCGACACACACACACACACACACACACACACACACACACAGACAGACAGACAGUGGCUUUCCUGCCGCGGUUGGCUGCAAUCAGCGCUGCGACGGAUAAAUUUCCCUUUCUCUCGUUUUUUUUUCCUUUUUUGCGGUUUCCACGGACGUUCGUACGUGCCGAAGCCACAAGGUGGAUUCACUCGAAAGGGAAACGCGGCUGACGAUGAAGUGGGCAUCAACGAAUACGAUUGCUUUUACUUAGUCAUAAUACAUUAAAAAACCUGAUUUCUUUGCCACUCGCUGUUAUUAUUAUUAUUAUCUUCAUUUCUUUCGGCCUCUUGUGCUUCGCGCAGCACCGCCCAAGGAGAACCUUCUCGGAUAGAAAAGGAAUGCAAACAGGAAACAUGUACCACAAGACGCACUUGGCUGCAUCAGGGUCGGCAGCCGCGCUCGACGGCGGUGCGGAGAACCCCGAGCGAAGCAGCGGCCGUCAGCGUGAGGUCCCUCACUACCAGUCCUGCACGAACAGCAGUCGCAACGUACUACGCACGUGCUUCUACUUCACCGUCUUCUUCAGCAAUAAUCCACCCAUCUUUCACUCCAAUCGAAUACCGGCCGACUUGCUCGGUAUUACACCGUCGCCCGUGCCCUCUGUUGGCGCUUCUACCAACACGAACGCGGCAUGCGUGGAGGAGAGGGAGAGCGGAACGGCGUGCGCUGCGCUUCCGCAGCAUCGCUGGCAGAGCAUCUUUGCCGAUCCGGCACUGAAUCGACAAGGGUCCGCAGCCGCGGCGAGUAGGACGGAAAUCGGAAGCGGGAAAGGAGGCGGGGGCGGUACGUCGUCGUCGUCGGCGGCGGCAUUUCUGCACGUCGGCGACUUCCGCGCAGAGGCCGCUGCGACGGAUGAGGUGCCGCAGCAAACGCUUCAGACGGUGGCCUUUCCCACCGCAUUUGGCGGCAUGGGCGGUGGGGUCUGUCCGCUGCCGGUGCGAAAGCUGAGUUCGCGCGCACGUCCGCCGCGGCCCGCUUCCCCGCCUCUGCGCAGCACCGCCGCAAACAGCGCCGCGACGGACGCAGCUGUCCCAUCGUCUUUUACGCAAGGACGGCAACAGCAGGAAGAACAGCGUCAAGACCCACGAGGACCGCAAAGCGCAUACGCAGACACAGACGCGAUGAAGGACUCAGGCAGCAAACGCAACUCCGCAAGGGAGGCAGGCACCACACCAAACCUCUGCGACGACUGCGACCUCGCCAACCCGACCACGUACAGUUCUGACUGCCGCUCCAGCAUUGGCCCCUCGGCAUCCACGGCUAAUAACAACCAUAAAAGCACUCUCCACAGCCUCAGCAACAACGGCGGCAAGAAUGGAAGCAGCAGUACGAAUCCUCCUCCCACCACGGGAUAUCUCUCGUCCUACACGUUACCUCUCACUACCACCUCCAGCCCAGACACAACAACAACGACGGCCACCACUACCACAACCACCACCGCCGCAAACGCGCUGGUUACGAAUACAGCUACAUCGGACGUGCCGGUCCGCUUUCAACCGACGUUCCCGGUGGUGAGGUGGGAAGAUGAGGACGAAGCGGGAGACGACGACAAAGGCAACGGUGCUGCCGACGGCAACGCUGGCGAACAACUGGGCAGCAAAGAGACGCUACGGCGACGAGAAGAGGUAGAAGAGCAAGAUAAAUGUGGAAAGACACGUGCGUCUGAGAGUGCGGUGGAGGCGACGGCAGCACCCGGACGAGCACCCGUGCGCGCACGGCGGCCUCGGCCAAAGAUAAGCGCAUUAACGCCCUCCCCCACAGCCGCAGCCUCGCCACAGCCAAAUGCGUCCAGUGUGCGGCGUCAGGUCCCUCCGUCCCUCACGUGUCUUGCUCACGCGGAAGGACCGCUGUCUCCACCUCCGCCUGCGCGCACAUCGACAGCAGCAGCAUCCACCGCACCGACGGCCCUCACGCAACAGACGCCGCCGAGUACUACCACCCAACGCGCGCCUCCGCCCACCGCAGCCGUCCCGGCAGGGCCACCUCCAGCAGCAACAGCAGCGGACACCACCGCUACCACCACCACAACAACAACCAUGGAUGCGCCUCCGACCGCGGUUACCCAGGAGGGCCCGCCGUGGAACAUGCGCGUGGAGGAGGUGCGCUCCGCCAAGGGCGACCUUCGUUAUUAUCGCCUCAUCUUAGCCGUGCCCUUCGCCGCGCUCAUCACUUCCCACACCGGCAUGCUGCAUUCCAUGCAGACCCGCAACGCCGCCGCCGCCCUCGUGGUGGACUGCCCUCCCUCUGGUGUGCACUUCCGGUUUUUUCUCAACCACGUCGACGUACUGCGCAGCGUGUUGCAUCGCACAACGGAGUUUGCGAUACGCACCGUGCAGCGCUUCUUUGCGCUGCUCUUCUCACCCACACAGAAGUCAAAAGGCCCGCAGCAGCAGCAGCAGGUGUUAAAGGACAUUACAAAGCGGCUGGAGAUGCACGCUGAGGCGUCCGACACGUACCGAAGCGUGAAGGCGGAGCUCGCCACGGCGCUGCACCUUCUCCUUCCGUUGCCGCUGCUGGCGCCGUCGACGGCGGGCUGGGUUGUGCCCGUGCUGAUGCAAUCUUCCUUUGCGUCCGCCCGCAAACGAGCCGGCUUGAAGGGACCGCGCUCAGCAGCCACCGCAGCAGAGAGGCGCAGCAACAACGGCGAUGGUGGUGCGAGCGCGGCGAUACGGUGGCUCAAGUUGAACGGCAGCAGCGCAACGUCCGUCGUCUCCGCACAAGAAGCAUCGGCAUGGCGAACGCCAUCAUCAUCGUCAUCGUCGUCAGUUACGUCGGCGCCGCGGCCGCCGCUGUCGGACAUCCUGUACGAAGCCACCGCGUUCCUGUGCGAGUACAGCGAAAGCUUUACGAGUGCAUUUGUAUGUGGCCUCUUGUCGCUGGCCGAGGAAGGUGGCGGCGGCGGCGGCGGCAGGCGGGGGCUGCAUCCACGUGCGGACGUGGUUUCGACGGACCCACCGCUUCUCCAUGCGCCCUCUUCCGCGGCCGCCGUGGUAGACGGAAAUGAAGACUCGCGUGACACCUCUGUUGCUGCUGCAGCUGCUGCUGCUUACGCACCUCUUCCCGGGAUCGAUGGCGCUACGGCUACCACCGCCACACCAGACUGGUUGUCCGCCUACGCUUCGUACUUUCAUUCGGUGGCCGCUGCACCGGAGCAGAGCACUCUCCAUGACAAGGCAGACGCAGCGGAGGCAGGAGGACGAACAGGCGAUGGCUGGAUACAGCUUAGUAGACCGGCCAACGCUCCGCAGCUUAUUGCACUUCAUCCGCACUCGCCGGCGGCGGAUGACGGCGAUGGCAACGACGAGGACGCGUAUCUGCGCACGCACGUCUCGGCCAGCACCGUCUCCUCCGUCACGCCGGUGCUGAGCCCGCUGACGGUGGACGUGGAGGUUCGACACCAACCGGGGCGGCUGCCACGUGGGCGCAACCUGUCGACGCCCUCUCUCUCCGCCCUCAUCCCCACCGCUGUCCUCUACCCAAACAGUAACAGGGAUAGCAAUACGAGUAUUGGCGGGACAACGGCGAACCCCACCGCCGCGGCGUUUGCUGCAACGCCGAGUGCGGCGCAGCUGUACAUGGUGUCGGCGGAGACGUCCCACGCGGCCACCGUGGCCCUCAGCAACACCACCGCUGGAGGGGGAGGUGGGGGAGACCACCACCGCAGCGGCAGCAGCACAGGGGACCUCGCGAACGCAUCGGGGCUGUCGCGUCAACAGACCUCCACAGCUGCGUCCGCCAUCACUUCCGUGCACUCCGCCACCGCCACCGCCGCCGCAGCUGUGACGGCACCAUCUGCGUCAUCGCCCGCUGCACCCCCGUCGCAUCCACCAACGUCUACACGUCCUUCAGUCGCUCCUGCUACUCCAGUUAGAGCUCCCUCAGCCACGAUCACCUCAACCGCAACAACGGCAACGGCUCCCGCAGGUGACAAGGAGGACGAGUACUGGCUGCACCGCGGCCGCCUUAGCCGCGUGGUGAUCUUCACGCAGGAUGCGCUGCUGGCUCGCCGACUCCUGCUUGUCGCCGCAUUUUUGUGGAACGACGGCUGCAGCAGCGACGAAGGAAAGGGAGGUCCAAGUGCUUUAAAGCGCGCUGCAACGAAUGGGACGGUGGACGCGGCAGACGCCGCGAGCGGCUUUCACGACGACGAUGCCCGUCGCAUGUACGAGACUGCCGUCGCGGCCGCCGUCCCAUCGGCCGACUUCGCCAACGUGCCCAUCCAAUGGGUGCCGGGGGAGUUCUCCGAGGCGCGACUGACCGCGCUGUGCUCGCGUUUCAGCCCGGAGAACACGCUGCUGGUCGUCGCGCCACGGCAGCUGCAGUGCCGUCGGGUGCGUCUGCGCAAACACGUCGCCGGUACGACGGUGCUCGUGGAGCAGCAGGCCGGCAAAGAAGCCCGCAUCCGCAGUCCAGCGUUUCCGUUCCAGUGCUCCAUCUCAAAGCAGACGGUGCUGCUGCCGGACCCGACGGUCACGACGCUCCUACGUGAAGCGCGCAGUCUGCAUCAGGGCAGCCACGGCGCCGUCGACUUCGCAGAGGUCUUUCAGCGGAUGGUAAAGUGGCUCUACUGGCAAUCCGCCGCGGCGGUUCUGAGGAAGCGCGAGGUGCACGUGCAGGUGCGGGUGGCAGCGGCCCUUCAGGCGGCCGCAGCAGACACUGCCGGCGCCUCCGCCAUGUCACUGGAUCGCGGCGGUGGCAGCGGUAGCGGCGUCGUCCUCGCAGACGGCGGUGGCCUCUCCCGCUACGCCAGCGUCGAUCUGCGGUGGCCCUCCCGCUCCGUCUCUGCCAUGGGCAGCCGGGUCACCUCACCCGCGUCCAUCACUCCCAUCGCCUUCCUCAGCGGCUUUCCCUACCUCCACGCCGCGUCCUCGACGGCAUCGGCCGCCCCGUGCUUCCCGGCGGUGAAGUCGUCCGCGGAGGAGUCGCUGCUGCCAGGCAGUCGCGGUGGGGCAAGCGCAGAGUGGGCCUACGGAGCGACGAAUGCAGCAGCAACGACGUCUCCCUUCACGGCCGGCGAAGGUUUCACGGCUCCCUGCGCGGCGGUGGCGGUGGACAACAAAGGAGAGCGCGGGCUUUCUGUCUCGGCGCCGACCGCGUCCACCCUGCUCGUCUCCCACGGGCUGCUGCAGCCGCCGUCCGCAUUCGUGACGGCGUCACCCACGUCCGCCACGACGCCGCUGAAGAGUCCGUCGCUGCGCUUUUUAAGCUGGCUGCGGCCGAGCCCGACGGCGUCGGCGGCGCCGCACUUCCACCCGGUCUUGUCGCCCACGACGCUAGGUCAGCUGAGCGCGGGCGACGGUGGUCAGUUGCAGCGGCUGCUCUGCGAGGAUGACGACUUCCCGCAUGCGUGA